AAAAUUUGAAAAUCGGAUUAUCAAACAAUUGAUUGAUUUAAUAUGGAAAACGUCUAGUUAGGUUAUUUUAUUGUCAGCAUUUAUUAUUUGUGGCCAUUUACUACCGUACGAUUAUAAAUGUACGGACAACUAAUUUCUUUUGAUAUUUCCGUUCCACAACGGUCACAAUACGGUCGAUAAAAUAUGGACACGGAGCCAAAAAGAAAAGGCUAUAUCAUGGGUAUGCGUUAUAUCCAAGCUACCCUGCUAUUUAUAGCUUUAGUGGCCAUGUAUUUCAGUCGUGUCAAUAUCGGUGUGGCAGUGGUGGCCAUGACCAAUGCCGAAACUACCAAUCCAAAUUUUCCGGAAUUCGAUUGGAGCGAAAAACAAAUCUCCUACAUACUGUCCAGCUUCUAUUGGGGCUUUUGUGUAACACAACUUCCUGGAGGAGUUUUGUGUAAAAAAUACGGUUCCAAACUCAUCAUGGGUUUGGCCAUCUUCUGUUCUGGUGUUUUGAGUGUUUUAACUCCCUUCUCUGUGAAUUGGGGUGGCUGGAAGAGUCUGUGUGUUAUACGUAUUGUCUUGGGUCUGGCCCAAGGUCUGAUAAUGCCUUGUGUGUUUGAUCACUUGGCCAAAUGGUCACCCGAACAGGAACGCAAUCGUUUGGGAGCCUUCAGUCAUACAGGCUAUGAUUGUGGCAUGGUUUUGGCCAUGGCUCUAAGUGGAGUCAUAGCUGAAAGCAGCAUGGGAUGGCCUGGAAUUUCUUAUGUCUCGGCGGGCCUAUGUUUUGUCUGGUGUCUAUUGUGGUUGAUUUUUGCAGCCAAUAAUCCGGGAGAUUCCAAGUAUAUAAGUGAAGUGGAAAAACUCUACAUAGAAUCCUCGAAUAAUCAAGAAGUGGAGAGGAAAAUGCAAAUUCCUUGGAGAGCCAUAUUUACCUCAAUACCAUUCAUAGCCCUGUUGGUGGUACGCUCCGCAGAGCAAUGGGGCUUGACCACGCUGGAAACGCAAAUACCUUCCUACCUAAAUGGUGUGCUCAAAAUGGAAAUACGCUCGAAUGCCUUCUUCUCUGCCUUGCCUUUUUUGGCCAGUUGGUUAAUCUCCUACAUCUUCAUGAUAUUGGCGGAUAUUUUACAAAAUCGCCAAAUAUUAUCCUUGACAGCCAUUAGGAAGGUCAUCAACAGUGUGGCCUAUUGGAUACCUGCCUUGGGCUUCAUAGCCAUGGGCUUUCUGGAUGAGAACCAAAAGACCUGGGCUUUGUCGAUAAUGAUUUUCAGCACAGCGAUUAAUGGUGGAGAAAUUAUAGGCAGCUCUUUGAAUGCCAUCGAUUUAUCACCCAAUCAUGCAGGCCUACUGUAUUCCAUUAUAAACACAGUGGCCAGUGUGGUGGCUCUGAUGUCUCCCCUGGCGGCGGGUUUCAUUGUUACAGAUGUGCAUAGUCGCUAUCAAUGGCAAAUGGUUUUCGUUAUUGCCGCCGUCGUUUUCAUUGUGGGCAAUUUGGUGUAUAUUAUCUUCGGCACCGCUAAAGUUCAGUCAUGGAAUAGCAUUGAGGAAGAUAAAACGUAUCCUGAACCUGAGGACAUAGAGAGUGAAAGUGACAGCUGUAAGCACAAAACCAGCUUUUUAAAUCGAAAUGUUGGAAACCCUUUAAGUUAUUGAGAAAUUAAAAUUUCCACAAAUCAGUAUUCACACAAGUGUUCUUUAUGAAACUUCAUAAGGCUUUGAGCUACUUAAGUAACUUAUUAAGAUUACAUUAUAAAACUUAUACGCUAGAUUAUGGUAAUA